AUGCUACAGUACUUCAGAGAUGCUGCAUUUGUCUUCCUGUUCAAGUACAUGGGCAACAAAGUAGACUGUGGCAACUACCGUAGCAUCUCUCUGCUGUCUAUUGCCGGUCAGAUCCUUAUACAUAGCACCACUGACAUGAUCUUCACAAUGAGACAGGUCCAGAAGAAGUGCAUCAAGCAGGAUAUGGACCUCUACGCCGUCUUCAUUGACCUGGUGAAGGCCUUUGAUACACCCAACAGGGAAGCUCUCUGCAAAGCUCGGCUGUCCCAGAAAGUUUGUCCAGCUCAUCCACUUCUUCCAUGCUGGGUCACAUGA